AUGGAGGAGCUCUUUUCAGGCUACAGAGCUGUGACUCCACAGUUUAAGGUGCUAGAGACGGACAAGACUGGAAGACCGCGCCUCCAAAUACCCACAGACAAGACUGCGAAGGAAAAGGAAGACGGCGGAGCUGGUGAAAGCAAAACACCAGGCGUGAAGACGGAGUACGGCAGACGUAAGAGACACGCGGAAGACCCUCGGAAGGAGAGAACCGUGUUUGUGGGCAACUUACCGCCGACCAUCACUCGGAGGAGACUGAAGCAGCUGUUUAGCCAGCACGGGAAGGUUGAAAGCGUGAGACUUCGCUCUAUUGUGGUGGAGAAGGGACGUCUUCCAGUGCGGGUGGCGAAACGAAAACAGGAGCAGAUAUCGAGCUCAACCAUAAACUCUUAUGUGGUUUACACAGAGGAGGAAAGUGCUAGGAAAGCUCUAGAGCUGAACGGAGCAUCGGUUGGCGAUCGGCACAUCAGAGUAGAUGUGGCGACUGGAGGAAGAGAACACAUCCACGAGAGAUCCGUCUUUGUCGGAGGGCUCCCUUAUGGAGUCGACGAUGAAGAAUUCCGAACGGCGUUUGAGAAGUACGGGGACGUGGAAUCGGUGCGAGUCGUACGAGAACAGAAAACCGGAAUCGGGAAGGGGUUUGGGUUUGUGACCUACAGCGACAGGAGUGGAGUGAUGUUUGCACUGCAGAGCAGCCGAAAGACGGAGUUGAACGGUCAGAAACUGCGAGUGAUGAAAAGUAAGGACACGAGUCGGACACACAGAGCUGCCGGUUCUGUCGCACAGUUUUCGGGGACGCAAGUCAAGACGGCUGCAGAAGCAGUGAAAACUGUCACAAGGAAAAGAGCGGGGAGAAGAGUUGGUGGGGCACGAGUGAAAAAGAGCGAUCCUGCGAGAAAAAGGUUCGAACAGUCAAAGACUGAAAUCAGACGUAGAGACGGCAAGGAUAACGGUGGGGAAAAUAAAACGGCAAAGAAAGUGGGCGUGUCUGAAGAAGGGGUCAGGCCCAGCAGGACAUUUCACAAGAAAAAGGAAGCGAGAAAGAGAGAGAAGGAAGAGAGAAAAAAAGGAGCUCCUGGGGAAAUCCAGAAAAACUACACAAAAAACAGAGCCACUUCAAAAAAAUCAGACACCAACACGUAG